UAGCAAGUCAAUGAAUUCAUUUAAUUUUCGUAAAAAAAUAAAACAAAGCUUCAAUUUGUUUCCUUGCCGUAAAAACAUGGUUCGUCAAAAAUCCAGAAAAACUGCUGAAAAUCUGUAUGUGGCUGGCUCGCUGGGGCCAACAACACGAUUUGAUGAAAAUUUCCUUCAAAAUUCCAAAAUAAAAAAUGAAAAGACGGAUAUUUGCAUGCAUAAUGCCAUGGCAUGUCAGAAGAAAUCUAAAGGACGAAAUAUUGUCGACAAAAAGGAUCAGAAAACAAUGCUCAAUGAAGAAACUCUACACGAAAGAUCUAAAAAAACAGAAGUAAAUGGAACAAAGAAAAAUAUUAUUGAAGACAAUGAAAAGGACGAGGAUACAGAAGAGUUCUUUAUGAUGAUUAAAAAUACUGUUGAACGGGCUGUUGAGAAAUCACUUCAAGAGAUGAUUUCUCACAGCUUGAAAGACAUAAACAUGAAAUUGGAUAUCAUUUCUAAAAAAACAAAUGAUAACCAACAUGCUUUAGAAAAGAUUCAAGUUGAAUUAAUAAAUAAAGUCAUUCAUUACGGGGAAGAAAAUUCAAGGCAUUUCAGAUACCUUUGCAUGAAAUCAGAAUACGACAAAAUGUUCUAUCAGCAUCAGAACGUAAUUACAACCGUUCCUAUUGAUGCCCGACAAAAUGUAAUCAAUCCAUAUCCACAAAAUUUGGCACCACCUAGUGAACCUUUGACUCAGACAGUCCAUCAGAAUAAUCCAAAACAAACAUCUAUUCAGCUGCCAAGUAAUUUUUCAUCAAAACCACAAACUUCCAUACUGCCAAUGGAAUGCAAUAACUGUCACAAGAACGACGGGUUUUCUGAUUUUGAUUUGCCUCCAGGAUCAAAGUUGACUGUAAGUUCUAAAUCAUCGGAUAUUGGCAUUCAAGAAGUAAAAGAUUUACUGGAGCAGUUGCAAAAGUUCUAUGACCAACAUAAUAAUGAAAAGGUCGGUAACAAAGAUGACUCCUUACAAGAAAAUAUUAAUGUUACAAAUCAAGACGAUAGUGCUGAUGGAGAUGGAGAUGAUGAGAGUUCUGAUGAUAUGAGUUCACCAAGUAUCGAAGAAAAUAUUGGAGAUGAUUCUUGAUUCAUAUAUAUUUUUUAAUAAAAACAAUUUGCUAUUAACAAAAAUUGGCAACUAU